AGUAUUUAAGGAGGUGGCUCUCUUUCCCACACUACUGCAUCCUGACCAUUCACUGAUUCAUUAGGGUAUUGUUACCUGGAGAGGCUUUUUACCAGGCAUUUUAACUCAGAAAAUCAAAUCACGGAUUUGGAGUAUGAUUUUAAGGCUCAUCACUUCUGAAAAGUCUUCUAUGGAAAAACAAGGAAAUCAAUUUAUAGCUGGGACAAAAUUCAGCCAGAGGGAUACCUUUAGAGAAUCUUGAUAUCUGAUCUUUCUGUCCUAAACUGCACCAUUAAAGAUUUUCGAGGAGCUUUGUGUCCUGUCCACAUUAACUAGGCACCCAUCAAUACUUACAUUGAUCAAAAUAAUUCUGGAAAAUGGUUGGAUUUGGACCCGCAGACGUGCCUCCAUCAGCAGCUGUGAAGUUUAUAGGAGCAGGAACUGCAGCCUGUAUCGCUGACCUGCUCACCUUUCCCCUGGACACAGCCAAAGUGCGGCUGCAGAUCCAAGGAGAGGCCAGAGCUUCAGCAACUACAGGGAGAGAGCCUGCAGUGAAGUAUCGUGGAGUGUUUGGCACCAUCACCACCAUGGUGCGUACAGAGGGGCCCAGGAGCCUUUACAAUGGACUGGUGGCAGGACUACAGAGACAGAUGAGCUUUGCCUCUGUCCGCAUUGGUCUGUAUGACUCUGUAAAACAGUUCUACACUAAAGGCUCUGAUCAUGUUGGUAUUGGCAGUCGGCUGCUUGCAGGAAGUACCACUGGUGCCAUGGCGGUUGCGUUUGCUCAGCCUACAGAUGUGGUGAAAGUCCGCUUCCAGGCACAGAUCAGGUGUCAUGGGCAUGCCAGACGAUACUGUAGCACCGUUGAUGCUUACAAGUCCAUUGCUAAGGAAGAAGGCAUUCGUGGUCUGUGGAAAGGUACAGCUCCGAACAUUGCGCGAAAUGCAAUUGUUAACUGCACAGAACUGGUGACAUAUGAUUUCAUCAAGGAUACACUUGUGAAGUCCACUCCCCUGACAGAUAAUCUGCCCUGCCACUUUGUAUCAGCCUUUGGUGCCGGGUUAUGCACAACAGUGAUUGCCUCUCCAGUUGAUGUGGUCAAGACAAGAUAUAUGAACGCUGCUCUUGGCAAAUACAGCAGUGUCCUCAAUUGUGCCUCUGCCAUGAUGACCAAAGAGGGCCCCCUUGCCUUUUAUAAGGGGUUCAUGCCAUCUUUCUUACGCCUGGGCUCCUGGAAUGUGGUGAUGUUUGUAACAUAUGAGCAGCUGAAACGGGCCAUGAUGACAGCAAAUCACAACUACACAACUACACCUUAACCAUUGUUGUCUGUCAGAAGGCUGAUGCUGUAACACAGUGUUUUUUUACCUUCUGUCCCCCUUGUGGAUAUUUCAACUCGAAGUAAAGAUAUACAAAUUGUG